AUGCACUUUUCAUUGCUCUACACGUUGCGUGAAUGUAUUUCGGUACACGUUGGACAAGCUGGAUGUCAAAUUGGCAAAGCAUGUUGGGAGUUGUAUUGUUUGGAGCAUGGUAUCCAACCGGACGGGCUAAUGGCAGGCUUCGACACAUCUUCAGACAGCUAUGAUGAGCCGUUAAACACUUUUUUUGCUGAGACCAGAUCUCGUCAUCAUAUACCACGUGCUGUUUUCGUUGACAUGGAACCAUUGGUAAUUGAUGAGAUCCGAAAUGGACCCUACCAAUACUUAUUUCAAACAGAGCAGCUCAUUAACGGAAAUGAAAACACUGGUAACCUUUACGCACGUGCGUAUCACAAUGUUGGCGAGAAACUAGUUGAUCAAACCAUCGACCAGAUUAGAAAACUUACGGAUCAAUGUGGUUCCUUACAGGGAUUUCUUUUGUUCCGCUCUCUUGGUGGAGGGACUGGGUCUGGAUUUUACUCCCUACUGAUAGAUCGAUUAACUGAAUAUUAUGGAAGAAAGGUAAACAUUGAAUUCGCAGUUUACCCAACUCCUGAGAUCAGUACCUCAGUUUUGGAACCGUAUAAUUCUAUUCUUACUGCACAUGCCUCGCGUAGGCUAGUUGAUUGCAUUUUUAUGAUAGAUAACAAGGUUUUCUACGAUAUUUGUAACCUUUCUUUUCGGUGCAGAUCUUAUACGAGAUUAAAUCACUUAAUAAGUCAAGUAUUGUCAAGCAUCACAACUUCGUUACGUUUUGGUGGUUCAUUGAAUGCAAAUUUAGACGACAUCCGGAGAAAUUUGAUUCCGCAUCCAAAUUUCAACUUCUCUAAGGUAUCAUACGCAUCUCACACUUUUAAAGGUUUCACUACAUUUGGAGAUUUCACUAAAAAAAAUUAUUCUGUUACUGAGUUAACCGACCAAUGUUUUGAAAAAACAAAUCACGCCAAAGAAAAAUUCAUAUCUUGUUGUUUACUUUACCGAGGUGAUGUUGUAUCAAAAGAUGUCAAUGCCAGUAUCGCUGCAAUCAAAACAAAACGUACCAUACAAUUUGUUGAUUGGUGUCCAGCUGGAUUUAAAAUUGAUAUCAAUUACCAACCAGUAUCGUCUAUUCCUGAAUUUGGAUUUCCUACAGCUUCGAGAGCUGUGUGUAUGUUAAGCAAUACAACAGCUAUUGCUGAAGCCUGGAAUGCUUUGGCUUUAAAGUUUGAUCGCAUGUAUUCGAUGCGUGCAUUUGUGCAUUGGUAUGUUGGUGAAGGUAUGGAGGAAAGAGAAUUUUCAGAUGCAAGAGAAGAUUUAGCAAUGCUAGAAGAUGAUUACUCAGAAGCUGAGAUGCAAUUGGGUGGCGAUGAUGAGAACGAAUUGCGAACACGAUCACGAACAUCAUCGUACUCUGGCACCAAGGUUUAGAAUGUUGUAAAGCGAUCGAUGCAAAAAGACACUCACAUUUUGUUUCUUACUUUUUUCACGAGUACAUAACGUGCGUUAAAGUAAUUAUGAUCAAAAACUGCCCUGAAAAGGGAAUUUUGGGUAGAGAGGAUUUGGCGAAUCUUAUUAAUAAUAGCCGUAGUUUGCCUGUUUGUCUGCGAGAAAAACAUCGUGUUACGGAAACAAAAAAUGC